AUGCAGGACGCUUGGACUGCUCGCAAAGCUGAGGAGAUCCAAGGCUACGCGGACCACAACGAAUGGAAGAACUUCUUCUCUGCGAUCAAAGCUGUCUACGGUCCGCCGACGAAAGGCAUUGCUCCUCUCCUCAGCGCCGACGACAGUACUCUCCUGACUGAGAAGACGCAAAUCCUGCAGCGCUGGGCCGAGCACUUCCAAGGCGUCCUCAACCGCCCUUCCGCCAUCUCCGACGCCGCCAUCGAGCGUUCGCCGCAAGUGGAGACCAGCGCGGACCUCGAUCUCCCGCCAUCUCUCCAGGAAACCAUCAGGGCCGUGCAGCAGCUAUCCAGCGAGAAAACACCAUGGACGACGAGCGACUACCCAAACGACUCUUCUACGGAGACGUCGCGACGGGUUCUCGUCGUUAAGGAGGCAAAAUUCGCCGUUACAAGGAUGCCCUGAAGUCCUCCCUGAAGCGACUGCAAAUCAACCCGACCAACUGGGAAGAGCUCGCCCGAGAUCGUCCAACAUGUAGGAGAACAGUGAAGACGGGCGCUGCUAUCUAUGAAGCCAACCGAAUCGCCGCCGCCAAAGCGAAACGCGAAGCCCGCAAAUCACAACUUCGCCCAAUGCGGAACGCCGCCGCACAACCGCUUCCAACGUUUUCUCGAUGUCAACGGACAUUCCGGGCUCGAAUCGGCCGUUGAGGCUGCGUCUCACACAUCACCAACCCCAGCACAACAACCGACACCACCCGCACCUCUCCCGAUUCCAGUGAUGAGGAUCAGGACUACACCUGCCCUCACUGCGACCGUACCUUCACCUCUCGCAACGGCCUGGUCGGUCACUUGCGAAUCCAUCGCACAGAGACUGGUGAACCAGUGCCCGGAGCACCAACCUACACCCACCGCACUCGCCUCCACUGCCCACACUGCCCUCGCACAUUCACGCAUCGCAUGGGACUAUUCGGUCAGAUGCGCAUCCACGAGAGCGGAAUUGACCGCAGCCUUGACGCACCCACCCCGCCGAGCCCCACUCCCAAUCCAUCACCUUGUGCACCCACUAACCACUCCCCAGCCGACAUCGACGCCACGGACUCUACCACCUUUAACUCCUCCCCUUCCUCCUCCUCUUCCUCCUCCUCUUCCUCCUUCACUGCCACAACGACGGCCACUCCGGCGUCUGUCGCGCACGCCAUCGCCACAGCCACACCUGACACAGCAACACUCAUAUUCCCUGCAACCUCCGACAUCAGAGGUGAGGACUAGGACUACACCUGCCCUCACUGCGACCGCACCUUCACCUCACACAUCGGCCUGGUCGGUCACUUGCGAAUCCAUCGCACAGAGACCGGCGAACCAGUGCCUGGAGCACCAACCUACACCCACCGCACUCGCCUCCACUGCCCACACUGCCCUCGCACCUUCACGCAUCGCAUGGGUCUAUUCGGCCACAUGCGCAUCCACGAGAGCGGAAUUGACCACAAUUCCGAUACACCAACCACACCCAUCAUGCCCAGCACCAUCCACGCACCAUCCGUCUGUACCUCCACCAACGCCUCCUCUGGACCUGACACUGACACAGGUAACUUCACAUGCCCACACCGUCCACGCACAUUCAGCUCACGCAUCGGCCUGGUCGGUCACUUGCGAAUCCAUCGCACAGAGACUGGAGAACCAGUGCCUGCAGCACCAACCUACACCCACCAAGGUCGUCUCAACUGCCCACACUGUCCUCGCACUUUCAGGCACCGCAUGGGUCUACUCGGUCACAUGCGCAUCCACGACGAUCUGCGGUAGACAACCGCCGGCCACACCACACAUUCACACACCCCCUACCCUCCUCCACCAUCACCACUACGCAUCAACACUCACCCACUGCAUGCACCAGCUGCCACCUUCCACGCAAGUGGGAAGUGUGCAUCUCGACUAG